AUGCCCUCUGGAGUCAAAGACAAGAAUAACGAGCCCAUCCAGCCGGGCGAUCAUGUGUUUGCUCGCUCGCGGGGUGGCAGGCACGAGGGCGAAGUCGAAAAGGUGGUGACCUCACAAAAGGAAGCAGCGAAAGAAGGCGUAAAACAUCCACCUAAGGUUUUGUUUACGGACCAACAUGGGCAUCAUGUGCAGCACAAUCCGCAGGCAGUUGAGCACGGUGAAUACAAGAAAUAG